UGACCCCAGUGUGACCUGUGACCUCCAGCUCCCGGCGAUGAUGUCGUUCACCUCGGAGGAGGCGGCACAGCUGCUGCGCAACAAGUUUGUCAUCAUCAUGGGGGAUUCCAACCAGCGGAUGGUGUACAAGGACCUGGUGCUGUUCCUGCAGAAGGACACCUACCUGACCAACGCCCAGUUACGCCACAAGUGUGAGGCAAGUUUCGAGGGCGACCGCCUGCUGGGGUCGAGUGAGCUUAAUAACGGCACGAAGUUCUGGGAGAGCCGCCAGCUCUGUCGACCCCACCACCUCCUGCGCUUCCACUUCAUCACCCGCGCUUACUACACCCGCAUGGAGGGGCUGCUGCAGGAGCUGCUCACCGGACCACCCCCCGAUGUCCUGGUCAUCAACUCUUGUCUCUGGGACAUCACCAGGUACGGCAAGCACUGGCGGCGGGACUACAGCGAGAGGCUGCACCAGCUGUUCAGACGUCUGUGCCAGACGUUACCCUCUCACUGUCUGGUCAUCUGGAGUCUGGCACUGCCACCGGGCAACCGCGUCAAGGGUGGCUUCCUUGGACCCCAGCCCCUGGAGCGGUCACUGUGGAGCGAGGUGCUGGAGGCGAACCUGCGUGCGGCCAUACUCGCUGACCAACACCACCUGGACGUGCUCGACCUUCACUUCCACUUCCGUCGCCGGCCACAGCUCCGAGCCUCUGAUGGUGUUCACUGGAACCAGAGAGCCCACCGCACACUCACCCAAACACUGCUGCAGCACAUAGCCCAGGCCUGGGGGGUCCGAGUACCGGGCCGACCCCCCACAGACUCCAGGCUGCGGGAAGUCGGUGGCCGUGAUUGCGUUGUUCUUGGCCAGAGCAGCCCGGUGCUGACCCACCUCUCCCCCGAGUGGUCGGAGCCUAGCCCGGGACUCGCCAGGGGACCCCCCCAGCUGACCGGAUGGCCAGCCUGGGACGUGGACCGAGAGUCGCCCCAUCACGUCUGGAGACUCGUGCACCACGGGCUGGUGGCCAGACGCAGACUGAGUCACAGACACGUCCAGCCGUACAGACGCGACCCACAGCGGAGGGGAAGGGAACGACUGGGGCCCGAGUGGAGGGGAGGGGACGGGUCAGACGGGCACUGCGGGCUGGGGCCGGAGUGGGGGGGACGGAACGGGCAGGAGGGGCCUGAGUGGAGGGGAGGGGGCGGGUCAGACGGGCAGGGGCCGGAGUGGAGGGGAGGGGAUGGACAGGAGAAUCACUGUGAGCGGAGGGAACCAGAUAGGCCUGGUCUGGACAGGCAGGAGGGUCACUGUUGGCAGGGGACGGAGUGGAGGGGAGGGGGCGAGUCAGAUGGUCACUGUGGGCUGUGGCCGGAGUGGAGGGGCGGGGGCGGGUCAGACGGGCAGGGGCCGGAGUGGAGGGGCGGGGACAGGCAGGAGAUUCACUGUGAGUGGAGGGAACAGGUCAGUCAGUGUAUCCUGGGGCUGGAGUGGCUCAGUCAGGAAGAGAAGGGACAAGACGUGCCGGAGUGGAGGGGACCAGAUAGGCCUGGUCUGGAGGGUCACUGCGGGCAGGGGCCGGAGUGGAGGGGACGGGUUGGACAGGAGGGGCCGGAGUGGAGGGGACGGGACAGGCAGGAGGGGCCGGAGUGGGAGGGACGGGACAGGCAGGAGGUUUACUGUGAGUGGAGGGGACGGGACAGGCAGGAGGUUUACUGUGAGUGGAGGGGACGGGACGUGUCAAAUGGUCAGUGUGAGAGGAGGGGGCGGCAUGGACUGGACGGCCACUUUGUCCUGGGCCGGGAGUGGGGGGGUCAGGGACAAGAGGGGCCGGAGUGGGGGAGACGGGACAGGCAGGAGGGUCACUGCGGACUGGACGGAAUGUUCUAG